AACUCCGAAGUCAGUCUCGCGGCAUCGUCGCCCGCGGAUAGUCGCGGACACUUUGUGUCGCACAAUCGUCGGUGUUUAGUGUACAUAAAUUGCUUUAUUAUUUUUAGUGCUUCUUAAAAAUAUUCAUCAUGGAUCCCGAGGCGUUUUUGGACCUUGCCAAUCAGGUCAUUAAACUGAAAAUGUAUCCGUAUUUCGACAUCGCGCAUUCAUUAUUAUGCGCUCUUGCCGUGAGGGAAGAUUUAGGGGCUGGAGCGCAAGCGUUCUCUCGCAAACACCCUCUAGCGUGUUGGCUGUCCACCAUGCUAGUCAUCUUCGCGGGCGGCAUGGUGGCCAACGGGCUGCUCGGGGAGCCUAUUCUGGCACCACUUAAAAACACGCCACAGUUACUAAUAGGAACGAUUACCUGGUACGUGGUGUUCUACACGCCAUUCGACGUGGGGUACAAAGUGGGCAAAUUCCUUCCCGUGAAGGUGACGGCUGCGGCCAUGAAGGAGAUAUACAGGGCGAAGAAAGUGUACGAUGGAGUAACUCACGCAGCUAAACUGUACCCAAACGCUUAUAUCAUCAUGGUCAUCAUCGGAACAAUAAAGGGCAACGGCGCCGGCUUCACCAAGUUAGUGGAGAGGCUGGUUCGCGGCGCUUGGACUCCCACCGCCAUGGAGACUAUGCAGCCCACCUUUUACACAAAAGCUUCUCUGGUAGCUUCAAUAAUCUUUGUGCUGGAUAAGAAGACGGACCUCAUCUCCGCGCCUCACGCGCUCGUCUAUUUCGGGAUUGUCAUCUUCUUCGUUUACUUCAAGCUAUCUUCGAUAUUGCUGGGCAUUCACGACCCCUUCGUUCCUUUUGAGAAUCUGUUCAGCGCCUUGUUCCUGGGCGGCAUUUGGGACUCUCUCGCCAAAAUCCUCGGAAAGGGGCAGCCCAAGGAGGACGCCAAGGACGCCAAGAAGGCCAAUUGAGCGAAACGCAACGUGAUCAUCAGAGUACAGGCGUAGACGACCUAGGUUUGCGACGUGAAGGCUAUUAAAUGAAAGAAAAAAAAAUAUAAAAAAAUAGUAAAAUUCUAUAACGAAAAAAAAAUGGCGCAGCGACCAAAGUUAUUGUACUUUAAGUAUUUGUAUUAAAAUAAUUGACUAGUCAUUAACCAUUUACCGGCACAAGUCGGGUGUUUGCUAAUUAUGUUUUAGCUUAAGAGGUUUAAAGUUGCUUUAUCUUAGUUCGGUAGGUGCGUUCAUGUUAUUUGCCCUAAAAGAGUAAGUGGCAUUUUGUUAACAGAUAGAGAUGAUAAUAAUAUGUAGUGAAGAAUAAUUAACGGUAAGACUGUAAAGUCGCACAAUUCGUUCCGAAAUGUUUUGUUUGGAGCUCGGCAUUAAACGCGCAAGUAUUUUUAAUUAAUUUAGUUCCUGUUUUUCAAAACGUACUAUCGAAACAGUAUGUGUGUACGAGCAUUGUGAAUAUAUUCUAUAUUGUAGAGAUUAAGUAUUAUAUUUAUUACGAAACGAUUCACGAUAAAUAACGAUCCUUCCGGCCCUUUCAAUAUUUGGAAACGAUUUCGAAUGAUGUAUGUACUCAAUUCUGAUCCAAGAAAUAAUUGCUGAAUUGUUAGAAUAUGAAACGUCUGACCGAAUUGCGAGGGUGCUUGCAGUGAGGAUCACGUGCUUCGUCCGAUUUAGUGGAAUCUGAUUCGUCUCAUAUAGCCCAAGGAAGGAAUAAAGUUUGAUUAUGA